GAAGAAGAUGAAACCCAUUUCUUCUUCAGAAAUCAAGUACCCGAAGGAGGCGAUUUUGAUUAUCCCACAAAAAUUCAUAUAAUCCCCCAUCUUCAAAAUUUCAUCAAAAACUACGUCUUAUUCCUUUUCUGUAUGAGAUAAAGUUGUUGAAUUGUUGCUUUGGGUAUCGAAAGCGUUUCUAUUUAGGUUCGCACGGAGCACAAUUUCUCUACAUUUUCGAAGAACAAUCGAGCAGAUCUUUGUUUUUUAUAUAUGAAUCUGUAAAAUCUAGAGCUCGUAUUCCUGAGAAUUUUGGAUUUUAGAAAAAAAUUCUUUUGAUUGAUGGAGAAAAUAGAUAAAGGAGGAGGAUGUAAACAACAAGCAGAAACUACAACAGAUUUGUUUUUAAGAUGGGGUAAUAAGAAGAGACUUAGAUGUGUGAGAGUGAGAGAACCAGAUGAUACAGCCGACACAUCGUUUGCCGUUUCCGGCCGUCGUAGGAUUCGCCGGAAAAUCAACUCUCAUUUUGUUACUUUUAGUUCCGAUAAUGAGAAUAGAGAACCAUCUCUCCAACCACCAUCCACCCGUCUCACAAGGACGGCUGAGGCAUCGACGACUCUAAGAUCGGAAAGCAACCGGAAAUCGUCGUCGGAUAAAGAGGAUAAGUAUACGACGAGAGGGUGUGCGGCGGCGGGGAUGGUUGAGAAACCGAAAGUCUCCUCCCUAGACGGCGGCGGAGGAGUAGAUGAAGGUUGUUGUAAAAGCAAACAUGUAUGGCCAAAACUGUAUAUAGCGUUAACAAGCAAGGAGAAAGAAGAAGAUUUCAUGGCGAUGAAAGGUUGUAAGCUUCCUCAUAGACCUAAGAAAAGGGCCAAAAUCAUCCAACGAACUUUACUUUUGGUGAGUCCAGGGGCAUGGUUGACCGAUAUGUGCCAAGAGAGAUACGAGGUCAGAGAAAAGAAGAGUACGAAGAAGAAACCAACGGGAUUGAAGGCCAUGGGAAGUAUGGAGAGUGAUUCGGAAUGAUAUGUAUAUUGAUUAUGUGGUUAUUUUGGAUGAAUUUUUGUAUAUCUUUUGUUUUAAUUUUAAAUCUCAAAUGAAAUUUAUGA